AUGUCUUCAGAAAAAAUAUUUGCAAUAAUUUGCGAACAUCUUUCUCCUUACGAUCUUUUGUCUUUGACCCGAGUGUGUCGAAGAUUCAAAGAAUUCCUUUGUUCUCCGACAUCCUCAGCUACACAACAAAUCUGGCGUUUGGCUCGUGUUCGAUAUCUACGUUCACUUCAAUUACCACCACCGGAAACACUUGACGAAAAACAGUAUUAUGUCCUAAGUUUAGUUGAGAAAGGUUGUCAAUUUUGUGGUAGAGCCGCAGCUAAGAUUCGCUGGGCGUUUCGUGUCAGAGCAUGCGAUGCUUGUGUCGAUGAGCGAACAUUAAGGAAAUUUGACUUCUAUACAAUCACAACUCUGGUCCCGUGGGUGUGUGUGAUUAUACGGAGUCAUGACAAACUAUUUAUCGAAUGGAAUAUUCCUUCCGAUGUAUUAUCCUCAGUAUUAUACUCGUAUUCGGGUCCAUCGCGAAUAUAUUGGAUGAAAGAUGUGACAAAAGCAUUAAAAGAAUAUAAUUCACUAAAAGACAGUGACGAAGAGGUCGUCAAGUCUUGGAUCGAAACAAAACGAGCAUUUGUGAAUCGAGUAAUUCAAGAUGUGCAACAUCGAGAAUACACACAACAAGCGAUAUUUGAUGUAUUAGGCGCGAGGUUGGAUCGACUUCAAAUAAUGCUAAACGGAGUUUAUGGACACGUUAUGAGAAGUAGAUCACGACAGGAUCGUAAUCCCCAAAGAAUCCCUACUAGUAUUCGCGUAUUAAUGCGCAGAAGAUCAUGA